AUGCUCCACUUUCACCGAUGUCAACAUCUGAAACAAAUAACCCAGAAAUGUUUUUCCUUUAUACAUGCUAAAACGGAUAAACAUGCACAGCUAUAUCUUUCAAGAACCUUUGCACUUGCAGAAUUAAGGAAGUCAUGUCACUCAAUUCACUCUCUUGUUGGAGACAAAAAUAUUAUCCUGAUGGGAUUGCCUGGAGCUGGGAAAACAACAGUAGGCAGAAUAAUAGGGCUGAAACUAGGCUGUUGUGUCAUAGAUGUGGAUGAUGAUAUCCUUGAAAAAACCUGGAAUAUGAGUGUGUCUGAAAAAUUACAGGAUGUUGGUAAUGAACAAUUUUUAGAAGAGGAAGGAAAAGCUGUGUUAAACUUCUCUACAUCUGGAAGUGUGAUUUCCCUUACUGGGUCUAACCCAAUGCAUGAUACUAGCAUGUGGCAUCUGAAGAAAAAUGGAAUAAUUGUAUACCUGGAUGUACCUCUAAUAGAUAUAGUUAACCGUCUAAAAUUAAUGAAAAUAGAUAGGAUUGUAGGUCAGAAUUCUGGGACAACUAUGAUAGACUUACUUAAAUUUAGAAAGCAGUAUUAUAAGAAGUGGUAUGAUACCCGUGUUUUUUGUGAAAUUGGGGCUACCCCAGAGGAGGUAGCUGACAAAGUGCUUAAUGAAGUUAAAAGAUACCAAGAUGUGGACUCAGAAACAUUCAUUUCAACAAGACACAUUUGGCCUAAAGACUGUGAACAGAAGGUUUCGACAAAAUUCUUUAGUGAAGCUGUGAUUGAAGGUUUAGCAUCUGAUGGUGGACUCUUUGUUCCUGAGAAGGAAUUUCCAAAAUUAAGUUUUGGGGAGUGGAAAAGAUUAGUAGGAGCAACCUACAUAGAAAGAGCACAAAUACUGUUGGAAAAGUGUAUACAUCCCACUGACAUACCUGCUGCCAGAUUGGGAGAAAUGAUUGAAAGUGCUUAUGGGGAAAACUUUGUCUGCUCAAAAAUUGCCCCUGUCAGGCAUCUUUCAGGCAACCAGUUCAUCCUGGAGUUGUUUUAUGGACCAACAGGAUCAUUUAAAGAUUUGUCUUUACAGCUUAUGCCUCAUCUUUUUGCACACUGUAUUCCACCCAGUUGCAAUUAUAUGAUACUUGUAGCAACUUCAGGAGACACAGGGAGUGCUGUCUUAAAUGGUUUUAGUAAUCUUAAUAAAAAUGACAAGCAAAGAAUAGCUGUGGCCACGUUUUUCCCUGAGAAUGGAAUAAGUGAUUUUCAAAAAGCACAGAUAAUUGGCAGUCAGGAAGAAAAUGGAUGGGCAAUGGGUGUCAAGUCGGAUUUUGAUUUUUGCCAGACAGCUAUAAAAAGAAUUUUUAAAGAUUCUGACUUUACUGGCUUUCUUACUGUGGAAUAUGGAACAAUCUUAAGUUCAGCAAAUUCCAUAAACUGGGGCCGAUUGCUUCCCCAAGUAGUUUAUCAUGCUUCUGCAUAUCUCGAUCUUGUUAGCCAAGGCUUUAUUUCCUUUGGAAGCCCAGUGGAUGUCUGUAUUCCCACAGGAAACUUUGGUAACAUUUUAGCCGCAGUGUAUGCCAAAAUGAUGGGAAUCCCUAUUCGAAAAUUUAUUUGUGCCUCUAAUGAGAACCAUGUUUUGACUGAUUUUAUAAAAACAGGACAUUAUGACCUAAGAGAAAGGAAAUUAGCACAAACUUUCUCACCAGCAAUAGAUAUUCUUAAAUCUUCAAACCUGGAACGACAUUUACACUUGCUCGCUAAUAAAGAUGGACAAUUAGUGACAAAAUUAUUUAAUCAAUUAGAAGAGCAGCAUCACUUUCAGAUAGAAAAGAAUCUAGUUGAGAAACUUCAGCAGGAUUUUGUAGCCGACUGGUGCUCUGAGGGAGAGUGCAUAGCAGCUAUUCACUCCACCUACAACAAUUCCGGGUAUAUUUUGGAUCCACACACUGCCAUUGCAAAAGUGGUUGCAGAUAGAAUGCAAGACAAAACGUGCCCAGUGAUUGUCACAUCGACAGCUCAUUACUCCAAGUUUGCACCUGCUAUCAUGAAGGCCUUAAAGAUUCAAGAAAUAAACCAAACUUUGUCAAGUCGGCUUUAUUUAUUGAGUUCAUACAAUGCAUUACCUCCACUACAUGAGGCUUUAUUGGAGAGGACAAAACAGCAAGAGAAGAUGGAGUAUCAGGUUUGUGCAGCUGAUGAGAAUGUCCUGAAGAGUCAUGUGGAAAAACUAAUACAAAAUCAAUUCAUGUAA